AUGCAAGCUGGUACUCCGUCCUGCUACGGCAGCAUGGUCGCCAGCACAUCCGAAGACUCGCCUCCAUCAACUCAGUGGGCAUCUUUUUUUUUCAAAUCAAUGUUCAUCUCAAAACUUCUCAUUUUCUCAAACCGCAAAAAAUGGAAAAAAAACGUUGAAGUUUAGUACUGCGCUCGACCCCGAGCGACUUUAUACUAUGCUUGAGCAUGUUUUCUAGCCCGAGUAGUUUUGAUGACAGGCGCAGAAACAGUAAAUUCCUCGAAAAUUCGCGGUAGCCGAAAAUAGGCAAAAAAUCAAUUUCCGUGAUCCCAUGACAAUUUUUCUGAAAUUGAGUACUCUCAUUGAAAAGCUGUACUACUGGAAAGUGAUUUAUGGUCAGUUUUCCCUUUUUUAUCGUUUUCUUUCAAGUCAAGUUUUUUCUUCGAAUUCCGAAGAGCUAUAUCUAAAUAAAUCGCUAAAUCAUCAUUGAUAUCAAAUUUAUAUAAGCGAUUUUUAGCAUGGCGGUGGUAUGAAAAAGUUUUUAACACUUUUUCAAGAGUUGUGUCCUCAACUAAUUGGGAUGAGAAUGCCGUGGAUUUCAACUAGCACCCCGUGGAUUCUGAUCCCAGCUAGUUGGACGUUUUUUUGAAAAAGUCAUGUGAAAAACUAAAUGCAAAUGUUUUUGUUUGUUUGAAUGCUAAUAAAAAUUCUUGUUUCUCUCAGACCCUUAAACGCCAUUCUCACUCAAAUUUCCCAAAAAAUAUUUGUGCUUACAUCAUUUCCUAUAAAAUGUUCCUUGUAUGCUUUUAUAAUUCGAAACUUCUGCUUUUCGUACGUCAGUACGAGAUAAAUGUCAAGCGUCAGAAGAAGAUUCUGCAAAAAAAAAGCACACAUUUCACAUAUCCUUGAAAACUAAGGAACUGAGAUGUUUCUUCCGCCUUUCAACUUAUCCGACUGGGUUUUGCAAGAGUAAUGUUCGCGAAACAUUAUUCUUCCGCAAAGCACAAGUUUCUGCCGCGGAAGUUUUUUUGUGAGCCGUACUCAACAGGAAGCCGGAUGUAGCCCUGCUCAGAACGGCGUCUUUUUUCCACAAGAAUUUGAGAAGUACGGGAGAAUCGGUUUUCCGAUUCCAAAGGACUUUGAAAAAAAGAUAAAUGCGAGAUCUUCUGUAUCAUUGAAGACUCUUCUCAUCCGGAAGCUCCCGAGCAAAUCUUCGUAGUACUUCUCAAUAAUAUAUAUUUUGCCGUUCUAGCGCACCUUUUCGCCCAUCUUCAAUUUUUACACUUUUAAGCCAUUUUAAGGCUUAUUUUCAUUGAUUUUGUGUCUUAACUCUUCAAAAAUUUUAAACAAUUUUCAAAAAUGGUAAAAAUGGUAGAGUUAUUUUACAGUUAGCAUACAUUUAAGGCGAAAAUGUGGAAGAAAAUAAAAGGAAAGAAGGAGAGCAUCCCGUGCCCUGCAACAAAAAGAAGGCUUGAGCAUGACUCUCGCCUUUCUCUGCGUCUCUGUUCGCGCGUCACUGACACAAAGUCAAUGAAAAUAAGCCUUAAAAUGGCUUAAAAGUGUAUAAACUUGAGGAUGGGCGAAAAGGUGCGCUAAAACGGAAAAAUAUAUGUUAUUCUUCUCGAAAGAGCAAGCUCUAUUGGAAAUUUCCGAGAACAAUAGGAAAAACGGAGAAUAAUUGAGAGUUGAAGGGCGGCCACUUCAUUCACUUCCAACUGCCACCAUUUAUCAACACAAUUUCCAUCAUCAUGAAUACUUUCGAAGCUCCGUUUUAAGAGGGCUCACGUAGGAAGUUUUUUUUUGGCUGAAGAUGGAAGCUAUCAAAAAAAAAUCAUGAGGGCUUCUAAACUAACCAUGCGUGAAAUUGGCAUCCUUAGUUGGUAACGGAAUUCCAAAACCGUGAAAAAAGGCCGCUGAGCAAACAAUGUUCAUUCACACAAUUUCUUUAUAGGACGUUGCAAUCCUCUUCAAGCAGACAAUUCAUUGAAGCGCCCGCCUUUUUCUAUGACAUGGACACCGAUUUGAAAGAUUUGAAGGUCAGAAUUAUACAUUUUGAGAUUUCAAGUCUUCUUUUCGCAGACGGCUUUGAAAGGAGCCGACCUUCUCAACGAUUCCGGAUAUCAAUCUGUGCUGGAACGAUCGCGACACCCUUUCGCGACGAGUUUGGUGUUGAACGACGAUAAUUCCUUCGAUUCUGAUGACGACAGUGCUGAUGAACAUUGGGGUGAGAUAUUCGAAAACAAACAUUCAAAAACUAUCAAUUUACAAUGAUAGUUUACUCACUUUUUUCAAAGAAAAAUUUUGAGCUUUAAGCUUCUUUUUUUGAAUGGAACUCGCUAUGAUCGAAUACUAUCCAUACAAAAAUCAGUUUUGCCUUGAAAGUCUCAUUUGAGAUUGAAAAAAAACAUAACAAACAUUGUAACCACGUUCUUCAUUUUCAAAAUAAUAAUCCAUUCUGCUUUAUUUUACCCAAACGAGCAAAAUUAUUCGAUCAAGAAAAAAAAACUUUUUGGCAAUGUUUUGGAGCCUUCUGUCAAACGCAAUAAUAAAAAUGGUUCUUUAUUGUUUUUUUUUUUGUUUUGAGAAUUGGUCUUUUAUUUUGUGAAACCGUAUUUUUUGGUUCAAAAAAUGGUCCCACCCUCAAAUAAAGAAUGAGAAUAGUUAAAGUACGUUAUUUUUUAAUUUUUUUUUUCAUCCCAAUAGAAUUUUGGAUUUAAUCGCACUAAAUGAAAGAGUUUUUUCUUCUUUUCCUUUUUCGAGAGUUUUUUUUGGCGCUAAUUCGAAAAGAUUUUGAGGCCAGUCCGAGAAGAACAGAUUCAAAGCAUCAGAACUCGAUCAAAAAAAGCGGAACAUUUUUGUACUUGAAGAGACUUUCGAACCUAUAUCAAACAUUCCGUCAUACGCCAAAAAAGUAUAUGAUUAGUUUGGUUGGUUCAACCUCAAGUUCGCUAUGAAAUCAAUUUUUGAUUUCAAUCACAAGUUUUCACCAGAUUCAUCUUGUUUGAUGCAUCUCAUCGAUCAAAGCAAUGUUUCGGAAAAAAAUUUGUGGAACAAUAUUGAAGGAAAAGCAUGUCGAGUCAUAAAUAUCCACCGACCAGCCACUGCGUGGACUAUAAAGAGAACGCUACGAGUGGACUCCAGUUAUUUUCCGACUGACUUGCCUGGGCGGCCAUCUCCAUUCAAUCAAACGAUUCGAUGCGUUGCGCUUUUAUACAAAAACGUUACUUUUUUGAUUGCGUAAUAAUUGCCGAGCCGCUUCUUUCCGUUUUCCGAAGCCGGUGUUUCUUCUUUUCUUCCUUGCUUCCUGUAUAUGUCAUCGCAUCUUGCUUCUUGGCGUAAUUGGCGCAAAAAAGGUUUCUUUUUUUCGAAAACUUGUCAAAAAAUGUUGCUGGAGUGAGUACAUUUAUGAGAAGAAAGUUUUUCGGUUUGAAAUUAUAAAGAAACCCAACAAAUUGAUAAUUUACUUUAAGGAUUCGCUUUAGGAAAUCAGAAACUUGACUGUUUCGCUGAAAAUUCUUUUUCGUAUCUUCUUAUCGAGCGCUCCAAAUCUUCUUAUCGAGCGCUCUGUGAAUUUCAAUCUCUCCAGAAAAUACACGAAAAUAUGUGAUAAGCUCAUUCGAAAACUUCUCAAUGUACCGAAGAAUUGGGAAGGUUAUUUAUUCGGUAGCCUGAAAAAACUAAUUUUCGAAUUUUCCUGAGAAAAAAAAUGCGGUUCCGUGCUUCAGAAUCUUUAUUCAGUUUAUCAAAGUUUAAACUCGAGAAUUUUUCCACAUUUCAGAUAAAUAACCUUUUUUGUGGAAAGCUUUGUCGUUUUCUUUGCAUGCUAAAAGAUGCUUGCCCCUCCUUGAACUAACUUGCGACUAUAAUGGACCUUUUUUACAACUUUAAUCUCAACUUUUCCGUUUUUUGUGACAAAAAAUACCUAGUUGGUUUCACCUUCAAAUAUGCACUUUCCCACGAAAAGUUGACUAGUUAGUGAAUACGUGAGUGAUUACCUUGCGGCAAGUCUCAAUCGAAAAAAAAAAGAAUGUUUGUCUUCAGAUGGCUACCUGACUGUGGGUUCUGAUCGCGUCAAGAUCAAAGACAUGUCCGACAUUCUGGCCACCCGCUACGCCUUCCUUUCUGGUCAGUCUAUCCAUCAAGUCAUUGAUAAGUUUUUUGAGGAAAAAGACUAUGAUGUCUAUCAAACGCAAAAAAAAAAUCUUUCAAUUCGUCGGACAGCGUGAUUUUCAUGGAGUCGUUUCUUUGGCUUUCUGAAGAAUGUGAUGAGAACAGUGUGUUAUCAAAUUAUGAUUGGACAUCAAAUCGAAGAUUUAAGUAUAUUCGAAUGACCAAUGACUUUCAGAUAGCAUGAAACAGUACAACUAUCUAGCUUCCGAAGAGAUAUGGAAAUAAAUAUUUCUGUGUACUUCAAAAUUUCAAAUUUCCGAGACAAUCUUCUGAAAAUUAUUUUCGUUUUCAACAAGUCGAUUUUUUUAUUCAUAAGUACAUUAAUAGCAGCUAAUCAAUUGAGAGCGGUAGCAAAUAAGGCGGAAACGCCCUCUCGAAAGUUUACGAGUAAUUAUGUAUCUUUUCGCACUUGCCGACCGCAUAAGUGCAGCGUCUACCAUGACUGGUUUCCCAUAACACGUUAGAAUCAAUCUCAGCCCUUGAAAAUCGUCUCCGGCUGGAAAUACGAGAGUCUCGUGGUCGUCGCGCGAUUACUCAAGCGCUUUUACCGCUACGAGAACUAUGCAAUGCCCACAGCUUCAAGUUCUCAUUCAACCCCUUACGUCACUGUAAAUGCUUGAAAGUAGCGUAUUUGAAGACUUUUACGCCAGUCUAUGAAGGCAUUUGUUUUCUUUGUAUAGAAUAGAAGAGUCUUCUAGAGAAUGUUUUUUCGAUUAUGAUCGCCUUAACAGGCGUUCUCUGCUUAAUCAUAUUCUGAACAUUAUAUUCAAAUCAUCAAUAGUGCUACUAUGCGAACGUUGAGAAAAAGUUUUUAACGACUUCUCUCUCGAAUAAAAACCCAAAAAGUUUGUAAAACCAUGAAUGUAUAAAAUUAAUUAACCUUUAGGAAAGCGGAAAAAAAUUAAUUUUAACUUAGCUCAAUUCUCAGAAGUUCACAAGGAGUCUGCAAUAUUUAUCAAAUUAAAGUGGUUUUAUCUGUUUUAUCUUUUUUUGACCUUUAAAUGUUAGAUAAUAAUUUUUUUCGAAUGAUCAAAAGUUCCUUAAAGCUUUCUUUGAAUUUCAAAAUUUUCAAAUCUUCCAAUUUUAUUUAUUGACUUUUUUGGAUGUAACUGAAGAAGAUUUGCAGUUUUUCGACAAUUUUUAUACAGCUAGAAAAGAAAAAAAUCUUUUUUGUAGAUAACCAAAAAAAUCAAUCAAAAAAAAACCCUCAGGCGCUCGUACAAACGAAGGACUGACGAUCGUGACGUUUCCCGACUCGCGGUCGACGCUCUCCUUUGAGGACUAUUCCUUGCUUGUUACCUACCUUCUUCAGGUUCCUCCGUAAGUUUCCUUUUGUGUUUUUUUGUGUUGUUCCAAUUAUUUCCCAACGUUCUGAGUUCUCGACGCUAAAUCGCGCGCCAAUUUAUAUGUUGCGAAGUUCUCACGCUCUCGUACAAGUUUUUGUAAAACGAAUUUGGCAAGAUUUUUUUAAUAAUCCAUAGUGUAGCUAUUCACUCAAAUUCUUGGUUCGGGACAAGUUUUGAAAAUUCGGUCGCCAUUCUUGGCCAGAUCUGAAAGGCAGAAGAAAAACGAUUAGAUGAAGAUUUUCGAUGAUGGCUAACUGCUCAAACCUUCGAAAAGUGUUUCGAGUCAAUAAUGCAAGCGUUUUGAAAAUAUUUCAAACCUAAUAUCUUGCUAUUUAUAUUUGUUCUCACUCCUCAAACACUAAUUUAACUUCUUAUAUUUUUACAGGCUCGAAGAGAGUCACAAAGGCUUCGUCAUAAUUAUUGACAGACGGAGUGAUAAAUGGUCGGCUGUUAGGACUAUUUUGCUGCAAAUCACGGUUCGUUUUUUAUUCAACACUAUCAACAAUUUUUCUCGAAAUUAUAGAUUUUCGAGCGUUUUUUUUUCUCUCUCAUUAGCAUAAAAGUUGCAACCGGUUCUAGUUGAUUUGAGAUAUCAUAUCUCAUCAGCGAUUAUCUUGAGUGGCUCUCGUCCACUUCCCAACGUCUUUUUGACACAUUCGUGUUUGCCGCGCGGCUCGUGUUUUUUUUUCUUCCGAAACGGAGAUUCUUUUUUUCCGGUCUGGAAACGCCUAGUGGAUAUCGCCCGCUCAAACUCAUUUUUCCUUAUUAUUACCGUUUAAUUUUUUUCCGCUUUUUUCUGUGUAUUUUUCCAAACUUGAAAAAAUAGAUCAACUGUUAGAUGACUGAACCAGGUAAAAAAUGUGAAAAAAUUUUUUCUACAUUAUCAUUUUUCAGGAAAAAUUAACAGACUUACUUUUCAACCGAUUUUUUUUAUAUGUGAAAGAUUAAGCGAUGUAAAUUUUCUUUCCUGAGAGCUAAAGUUUCAGUUCGAUGGCUCUAUAAAAAAGAACCACGCAGAUUCAAGCUUGCACGAUUUUUAAAUGAGAAGCCAGCGAGAUUUCCGAUAAAGCUCAGAAAGUUGAGAAACAAAUAUUUCUUCAUUUUUUUUAGUUAGAAAGUCGAUCAGAUUAUUUAACAAAUGUGCAAAUAUCCAUCACUGAGUACCGUGUGAAAAAUCGGCUUUUCUUCGAGCUUUUCGACUUCAGUGUAAAAUUUUUGCCCAUCUGAUCUGAAUCUCUGCUUUUGACAUCCGUCAACAUUUUUGUUCAAAAGUUUUGUAAUCUUCUUCAUAGAAAGCCGAAGAAUGGCCUGGACGCGUAUAGUGGUUUUUUUUGGUAGCGGCUCAUCUAACAGAAUUAGCUGUCGUACUGGCGGAAGCCUUGAAGCAGCCAAUCCAAUUUGCGGCGAAAUGCCGCGGGAAUCGGUUUCAGCCUUUUCCCGACUUUUUUCUUCUUUGAGUGCUCAUUAGAACUGCCUAAUUAUUCAUUUAGUGGUUCUCUCCCAAUUUUUUCUGAAAAUCUCAAUUAGAAAACGGAUUUGCCUGUUUAUCUGUAGAGAUGUUUGAUGACGUGCUCAAAAGUCUUUAUUUAAGCUGCAUAAAGAUGCUGAAAUUCACAGCCUACCUAGUUUUUGAUGUUAUUUUCCAUAUUUCUUUUUAUUCCUGAAAAAUUUGAAAUUGUGCGAAUUCAAAACUUUAAGAAUUUUCUGUGCUUUUUUUUCUAACAAAAAGUGUAUUUUUUUUUCAAAAGUUAUUUUUCACGGUAUUUCGCACUCAAAAAGUUUUCUCAGUUUCGAGUUUUGUUUCCAUAGGAUCUUCCAGAAACAAAUUUGUUGAGAACAUCGAAAAUGUUACAGUCCUUCUUUCCUGGACAAGUUCGAGUUGUAUUCUUGCUCAAACCAGAAGGCGUUCUUCAGCGUGCACUUGAAGUAGGGUAUCGUGGCAUCGCCGAAACUUGCUCUUUCAAGGUAAGUUCGUCCGAUUCUUUUCUUUUCGAGUCGUUGAACUCAGGUCGUCCAACUGGAUUCCUCCAUCGAAUUGAGGAAAUAUCUCCGAGCCGAGCAAUUGACCAUGGACGUCGGAGGGUUGAUCAAGUAUAACCAUCUCGAGUGGGUCCAACAUAGAAUGGUGAGAGUUUUUUUCAUUUUCAGAAGUCCUCGUUGAAAAGUGGUAUUUACAUAUAAGUUUAUACCCGAUUCUUUGUCAGCUUGAGAAUGAGGCAUAUCCACUCAGAGUUUUAUAGUUUAUCGAAUAUAAGUCAAAAAAGCUUUUAGUGGCAAAUUAUUCUGUACCGCGUUUAUUAUUUUAACUAUCAUAACUAACUUAUAGACUGGAAAGAUUUGUAGGUUGAGAAUCUUAGGAUCUCAAUGUAGUAUAAAAAACCGCUUCUUCAUAAAAUUUUUUAGAGGCUUUGAAUCUUUGGAUUGUUUCGUGUAUUUCAUCGAUGCAGCAAACUUUGCUUCAUUUUUUUUUUUGAGGGCUUCUUUGCAAAAUUUUUUCAUCGAAGUGAUCCAAAAUUUUUUGCGUGUAAACGAAGUUCAGCUUUUUCACACCUCUCGAUUCAUCUCGACUUCGGAAAUUUCCUAGCCAAAGCGAGAAGCAAAAGAAAAAAGUGCGACUUUUGACGCAGUUCUGACCCAAAUAAUGUUUCCCGAGAAACCGAAAUAUGUGCAAAAAGGGCGUCUCGAAGAAAAAUUUAGCGCUGGUAGGGCGGGCGGAAGCCUUGAAAGGCAAGGUGUGAAUGAACGAGAGGAGGCAGGCUGCUGGCCAGCUGGACAUGCGCAAAGGGUGUGGCGUCAGGUAUAUGCAUAUACCUGAGACCAGUCAGGCACAAGCACUUCGGCACCGAGUCUAUUCAAUUUGGACGCUUUUCCUCUUCUUGAUUUAUUCACUUCCUGCGGUCUGAUGUUGUCACUGAUACAAAAUUUUCUGGGCGGUAGUUCUGUGAGCUCCGGGAAAGCUUACCUGACAUUGUUGAACGAUGAGGAUGAAGUCGAAGCGGUUUGUUAUAGUUCAUCCGAGGCUGACUUGAGACAAUAGUUAACAAGUCUUCAUAUGAUUAGUAAAACUGUGUCCUGUAGAGCAUUUUUGUUUCAAAUUGAUGAUGCUUGCCUUAAUUUUCACGAAAAUUUGAUGUUUGAUUGGAAAUUUUGAGCAUUUUGCAAAAAACUAUUCCCUCAGGAAAGACACGAAAAAACGUUUUUUCGAUCACAACUUCUUUAAAUGGAGUUUUAUGUUUGAAUCCUGCCGGAGUUGUGAUUUCUGUUAUCUGUAACACUCUGAUUGAAUUUGAGUUGACAGAAAAAAAAAACUUUAACGAGUUUAAAAAAGAUUGAGCUCCCCACGAGAAAGUUUUGAGAAAAUUUGUUUUCAUAUUUUUUCUGAUUGACAGUACUGCUGUAUGUGCAAAAUGGAAAACCGGACGUCUCGGCUGUAGUUUUCAAGCCAGCGGUGGAUAAAUCCAAAUGAAACUUGAUCUUAUCACCCGAAAGAUAUGUGAAAAUUCAAAACAUACGCUUUACAAAUGUGUGGAUAACUCUACUCCUCUCUUCAGGACAUCGAGAGGAUGAAAUCGUCAGCCACGGCGAUUGCAGCAUCCCUCAGCGACUUCGGCAGAACUUUACGAGAAACGGAGCUUCCAAACGAUGUUGAGACUACCGCCAGAAUCUUGGAAGCACAAACGGCUGAGAAAGACGCCAUAAAGGUGGCUUUUUCUGAUCUUCUUCCCAAAAAACUUUUUUUUACAGGAGGAUUUCCGGAUCUCAGUCCGCAAGGGCAUGUCGCUUCUCAGGUCAGUACGGCAAAUGGACAUGAAGCCAACGCCGGAGCAAUUAUCGCCCACUCGACUGCACAACGUGACGGCCAUUGAGCGAAUGCUCGUCCAGCUCGGUUUGUUCGGCCAAAUGAGCACAAUUGCUUAGAAACGGUUGCUGUUCGGGUGAUUCAUUGACGGGUAGUCAUAAUUGGUUUGAAAAACUGCUUUGACGCUGGCUACUAAACUUAACCUCUCCUUUCGGGUAUUUACUGGUUUCAAAGACGUCUUUAAUCUUCAAAGUUUGAAAAUCUAUCAGGAAGCAUUCACAAUAUAUAAUAAAGUUUACGAACAAAGCAGGUAAAACUUCUUCAAUUCAAAAGCGUCAGUCUUCAAUAUUUCUGGUUUUUGAGAAACUAAGCUUCAAAUUAUUGGCCGACAAUAAAAAAAAUGAGCAAACCAAGAUGGAUUGUUUCUGUUCUCAAUAAAAUAAAAAGAACAACGUUGGGACUUUUUAUCACAUUUGUCUCUCUGAUAAAAAAACUUCUGAAAAUCAAAUAACAAGAAACUUGAAUUCUCUGAAAUCCCUAACAAAAAAAUUUCUAAGUUUCUCAACUGCGUCUGUUAUCCUAAUUUUCCAUAGCUUCCCAGUUUAUUCGAGCAUGAAAAAUUAUCAGAUAUUCAAGCCUUUCUUUUUUUAAAGUUUAAAAAUAUCUCAAUACUAAACUUCCUUAGCAGCGAGAUUUAUCGCAGAAACGACAUUUUUUCCGAGAGUCGAAAAGAGUUUAUUUUCCUAUUUCUUUUUUCAUAGCUCCUAAUGCGUAGUGACGGGUUGCUCAUGCGUACAUACAUUCAUACACACGCUGGUUCCGCUAGACUUUUUGUGUCUGUCGGGUGGUCAUUGUGCAAACUGUGAAUGGAACGGAAGCGAGCAGCAAAAAUUGAAAAGAAGUUUUUUUGAAUGGAAAAAAAGUUUGGUGAAGUUGGAGUAUGUCCCGAGUUUUUGUCAGUUGCAGAGAUUUGAAGUUUGAUUAAGAAAAAUGUUGAAGAGAAACAUAUCCAAAUACUUUUGAGUUGCGUGUGAAAGGUAGGGUUCCAUGAGAACCUCAGAUAAAAAAAUGAAUUGAGAUUCUGUUUAGUAAUGUGAGAAGCUUUGAAAAAUGAUAGGCACUCACGAGGAUUGAUUGAAAAAAACUUCAAAUGUUUUUUUAAAAACACAAAUUAGAUCAAAAUUCUAGAAUUUUUUUCCCGAAAAAGUAUGAAACUCUGGCCAAAAAAACUAUAUUUAAAGGAUGUCUGGCGUUUUUUUAUUUCAAAUUCUCAUCAUUUUUUUCCUAUAUUUUAUCAUUGUUGAAAUGAAAAAAAGAAAUAGUCCUUACGUAAGAGAAUCCGAGCGCAAUUUUUCCGCGACGAACUUCGAAAAUUGAAAAAAAAAAAUCAAUUUUUCUUGAAUAAUCAUUACGAAACGCCAUGAUUUGAAUGAAUAACAACAAGGUUUUUCAAAAGCUUUUGUUUUCAGAAGAGACUGAGAAAUCGUUUGAUUUGUUCUGGGCGAAGCACGAGAAACGGCUGAGCAAUUGUCUACAACUGCGGCAGUUUGAAGAAUCUUUCAGAAAGGUCACUUUUUUUUUUUGACUUUUUUUCUUCCGGCGUCCUUGCGACCUAUAUUUCCGUUCAUAUCUUUUUUUUGGAAACGUUGGAUUUUCUCACCUUCUCAAUCAUUGAUAACGAUAAGAGGAAAUUAUAUGAAGCUGAAUAUUAGAAAAACGUGCGGCAGUUUGUUUGAGACGACAAGUGAUGGAGAGGAAAAGCUUGAUUUCUCUCACAGAAAUCUGUGUCGUCGCAAUAUAUUCUCAUCUGUCAGUUCGCCAGAUUUCGAACAAGUGUUCUUUUUUUCCCUACACAUCUAUCUAUCGUUCACGCUGCUGAAGAGCGAGAUUACGCCCAUGGAGCUUCGUGAAACUUGGGUCUCUCUUCUCUUGGACGUGACUGAGCUAGUUUUCUUCAGUGUUUGUUGCCGUAUUUUUCCAAUCGAAAGAAUGAAUAAGAAAUAAAUCAGACUAAAAUAUAUUUAUCCGUAGAAAAAAAAGAAAAAAUAUUAUAUUCCACUGAAAUUUUUUGAUUGACAUUGUAACUUUCAAAAAAAUAACGUCAGGCUUUUUUUCCUUGUUUUGAACUUAUGUGAUAACUUUUAAUUGCUCAAUUUUUCUUUAUUGCAUAGAUAGAAAAAUAUGGCGCACCUUAUUUUUUUUGCCUUUUUUUAUAGAUAAGUUUGGUAUCCUCUAUUCGCAAAAACUUGAAUAAUUUUUUCCACCAAUUUUUAAACAAGUUUUCCUCUUCCUAUGAACUCGGUGCUGAAGGAGAAAAGACCGUUUUGAUAUUUUAGAAAUCAAGUAUCGUUUCGGUCACCAAGUAAUGUAUUCCCUUUUCUCAUAACCACAACACGAAAAACAAUCGAACUGUAAUUGCUCGUGUCCGUCAAAAACUGUUGUUUUUUGGAACUUUUCUCACUUGAUAGCUAUGUCCAAAUGACUUCGAACCUACCAUUUCUCAAGCAAAACAUGGGGCCACUCGCAAGUCGUUUAUUGUCGGGCGCAUGGACAAGUGCGUCGAGCUUAUUUCUAACUCCAACUCUUCAAAUCGUUCUCCAACCUGUUGAAAACAAGAAGAAAAUUUUUAAAGAGUACGAAUAACCGAAAAAUUUUUAAACGUCAUCGUUUGACCGGGGAAGCAUUGCUAGCCUCAACAUCUGACGAUCGGAGCGUUGAUUGCGUGACAGAUCUUCUUGAAAUCUGCCAACUUUUCCCGGUUUUCUAGUCUAUCCUGUUACCACAACAAAUUAGCUUCAGAUAUUUCACUUUAAACUGCAAAACCUUCAGGAAAAUCUUGAAACUGCGAGGCUUUUCUCCAGAAAAAUCUUGAUAACUAUUGAACUUUUUCGGAAUGGCUCGGUUAUUAUAUGAAGAAUCAUUUUUUUGACGCAGACAAGCUUUUUCGUUGGAAUCUUAUGUUUCCUUUCUCAAUUCGUUUUUUUCUUCAAGAAAUUCAAUUUUCCUGCUCAACGGAGCGCGAAUACCUUGCAGAUGUAAAAGGCAUUGUUCGGCGCUGUACACCUCAUAAUUAAUUGGAAAAUUUCUAAGGCUGUGAUAAUCAAUGCUUCUUUUUCUGCAAGGCGUGUUUGUGACACAAAUGUCAGUUCUCGAAUAUUUCAAGCAUUUCAAGCUUUUGAGACACGGAAAAAAACGCAUGUUUCCUUGAGGCAGCUGUUCGUUUUUUGCUUUUCUUCGUUACUUUUUUUUGAGGGUGUUUUGCGGUUGCCAAUUAUAUUGUUGUCUUCUUUUUUCGGAGAUCUUUCGUUUGUCCGCUUUUUCACUAAUUUGGGCGGCUUCUCUGUCUCACGUCUCAACUGCUGUUCAGAAGCUUGCAUUCUAUUAUCCAGAUUUUUUUGUUUUUCUGAAGAGGCUUUUCAAGCGCCAAAUUUUGCCUUCAUACAGGCUCAUAUAAAUUUAUGAAUGGUCACAUUUCGGAUCUCGAUUCUCAGAGCUGAAUUAUAAUCUUGAAACGAGAGUAAAAAGUUUUUUUUGAAAGAAGCGAUGAUCAUGAAAUUUAACAGCUUUAACAAAAAAAUCAGGUUAGAAUUUCUUUGUUGGAACAGUAGAAAAAAAAACAAUAUUUUUCACUCAAUCAGCGUUUUUUUCCUAAUCAAAAAAAUAUUUAUUUAUUAUUCGAAUGACACCAUUUUCAAAUGAUAACGUUGUUGAUAAGCUGGUAAAGGCUACAAGAAGUUGGAAACGGGAAAAGGUUCAGUGCGAAUAAGUGGCCGGUCGGUUUUCGAGGGCCACUCAGAACGGCCUAAUGAUACAUUUGUCCACACAAUCUUUGCGCUGAAACCACUUCUUUUUUGUGUUCAGCUCAUCAACGCGGAACCCACGUGACAGAACUUGUUUCAUUUCUGUCAUUCAUAUUUUUCAAGCCCGAAUUUUUUAAAUUUUCGAAUUCUCAUCAGGAAAGUGAUUUAUUUUGCGGUUGUAUUUUUGCUCUGCCAAGAACAUUUAUCAAAAAACUUUCAAACUAGAAUGACUUUCUUUAUUGAAAAUAAAAAAAGUUAGUUCGAAGUGUUCAGACUUGAAAAAGUCGGGAGUUUUUCAAUUUCGAAUUAAUUUCAGCUUUCUAACUUUUUUUAUAUUUUUUUCUUGUACAUUAUUUUGGUUUUUAUACUUGACAAUGUUUGGAAAAACAUUUCUCUUUUUUCUCGAAAACUCUGCAUAUUUUUGAAAGCGAAUCUUUCUUUCUCUCAAAAGUUCAAUGGCGCAAAGUACUAAGGCUGUUGAGAAUGAAACUUGAACCGAUUCUGGCGCCGCAGUUUAUUUUUCCUGAUUAUUACACCUCUGUCGGCAAUACUCACACCUCAGCCUUUUGUCGCCCAAGUAAUCAACUACCGUAGGGGUUUCCUGAAAAAAAAAAAAGCAAACAGCGUUCAGAGACUCAUUAUCCUGGACCAAAUUUAUUGUCCUUGGCAAAGAGUAACUUACUUGAUUUUUUUCUUUGAACUGUCACAUCUUUUAGUCUCUAGAUUUCCUAUUUUUGAGUAAAAGCCUUUCUAGAAAACUUCUUUCGGAAAUCUCCCAAGUUGUUUUCCCUCCUUCCUAAGCUACAGAAAGUAUUCAAGAACGCCUUGUCAUUUUUGAUUAACCUCAUGAAAAAUGGCUUAUUUCGCUCCACGUUUUGCGCAUUUGUCUUCCGAGGUCGUUCAACUGAAGGCCGUCGUCCUCGAAAACCGUUUUUUUUUCCUCGAAAGGUCACUUAUGGUAUUUACGAGUGCAGAUGAUUCCCAAUUGAUCAAAACGCUAAUAGAAAAAGCCCCAUUGUGCUGUAAUCGCGAUCUUCCGAUUGCCGCAAUACGUGGAACUUGCGCCUUCACGGCAGUUCUGCUAUAUUCUUAGAGGAAUAUAUUUUAUUGGGACACAGUGUCUUUAUUUCUGAAAGAGUACGUUUCUGACAAUCAGAUUGGAUUCUCUCGAUACUCUCGUAGCUUUGAGACAGCUCUUAACAGUUUCAUUGCUACGUGUCAAACUUUGCAAAGACUCGAAGUAUACACGAUACUUUUUUUUUCUUUGCUAAGGACUCUCAAUGGAAUAAAAAUCAAUUCUUUUUUUUUUUUACAAUUACCUUCCUCAACUUUCUUACCUAUUUUCUUCUAAGCGCUCAAGUGUAACUCCUCGGUCUCAAAAGCAACUGGCCAAAACAGAUUUGUCAGUGGAAUGUGAGAAAAUGACAUACUGAUAGGCUAUAGAUCUUUUCUUCUCUUUUUUUUUGCGUUAGGCUUCCCAGAAAGAUUCCAACAUUGCACGUUUCAGCUUCAAUCGGCGUUCGCUAGGCACAUGCUCUACCUGGAAGAACAUCGUGAGGUAGGCGACGGACGGGAAAAAGCAUUGCAGCUUGCUGAUCAGCAUCGUCUGUACGCCGAACAAGCCAUGGUAAGUCUUUUUAAUAACUGUUGCUUCUAAGAAAUCGAUGUUUCAAACAAAUUCUGAUACAAAAAAAGUAAGCUGAAAGAUAAUGAAAACUCAGAAGAUUGAAGGAUUGGAACAGAUGAUGCGGAUGAAAGUACUAAUACAAAAAAUAAAAACCGGAAAUUCAGAUGGAUUUUUGAGUAAUUAGAAAGCUGAAAGAACAAAGAACUUUUUCUCGAAAAAAAGAGAUUUAUCAAGUUUGUUUGCGGUCAUACAUAAAAAAGUAAAUCACAUAAACAGAGAAAUAGAAAAACUCAAGAGCUUGCGAGUAAUGACGACAGCAGCUCUGUUUCCUUAGCGUUCUGAACUGAAGUGCCGUUUUUACGAUUUUUGUGUGCAAAAGUAAGCAAAGCUUGAGAAAAUCUCAUUUUUACACUAAAAAAAAAUUGCUUCAUAGUACCGCUCUGAAUGCCGUAGUCUCAAGGCGUUUCGCAGAAUUGCGCCCGACUCGAAACGAAUUUCGCAUUGCAACAUACGAAAACUUUCUAACAUGAAUUCGAUACAGCUCGUUCGCAAAGUUUUUUUGCGUUUAACUGAACCAAUUUUAAUGAAGAAAUUUUAAAGCACGCCUUGUUACAGUUUGAAGGAAAUUAAUAAUGUUUCACAGGACUCCGUCAAAUCAGCCCGAGCCCUUCGCGUCACCGGAGAAGAGCUCAUUUCUGGCAAUGACAUCGAGGUUAUUUUUCAAUCCUUGUUUCAUGUAUUCAAGCCAAAAAGCUCAAGAUUUGUCCGACGGUUAUGAUAAUAUACCAGUUUAUCUUUACUUAAAAAAAUUAGUAUCUUAUUUCUUAAAAAAACAAGUUCAGAACGAGUUUUUCUUUGAAGUUCCAUCUGACCUGUGACAGAAAGUUUCAGACAAGGUUUCUCUUUUAAAAAGUUUGAGACCUUAAUUUUUUGGUUUUUUUUUCAGCUUUGUAAAGAAAUAUUGAGCCUCUUCGAAUAAGAAAUAGGUUCAUAUCAAAGAUUGAGAUCAAAAGAUCCAAACUCAUCCUCGCUGAUCAAAAACCGUCAGAGAUAACUUUUCUAUACUCUGAUCAAACAAAAAAAAACUGACUUUAGCUUUCUGGAAGUUUGCUGCCCAAGUGUGAAGAGUUGGAACGGAUGGCCGACGCUCUGACGGGGGCACUUGAAAGGAGGACCGCGGUAUUGAGGAUGAGCAGCGUGAUGCACGAGCAGAUCGCCCAGGUAACUAUCCGGCUUCCCUUUUUUCGUCCUCUGUUCUUGCAUCUUUCUGUAAUUCGUGUUGUUCGUCUCAAGGUUAGUUGCUCUGACCAAUUCGGAAGAAAACGAACCGCGGAAAAUGGUUCCUUUUUCGGCGUAACUUGAAGCAUUCUGACUUUUCUGCGCAAUCUUACAGACGGUUUUUUUCUUCACGUGUUUAUUUAUUACCAUUAAGGUCGGAUGCAAGCCAAACUGCCUCAAAUCGUGGCGAAUUCAGUUUAUUGCAGUGUAUUUCUUGUAGAGCUUUCCGCUUCAUCAUUCCCAAAGCUUCAAAAAAAAAACGCAAGGAGAAUCUUGAUAGCUCAAAUUGUGGCGUUUCUGAAGCUGCUACCGUGCCCCACGACAAGUCAACUUGCAAUAGACGAUGUUUGAAAUUUUUUGAUCCUCAAUAUUGCAAUGACAAAAUUUGAAACUCAAAAAAUAGCCACAGCAUGAUUGCAACGCAUUGCACUAUAAGGGAGACUGGUAAUUGAAAAUUUCAUCUUUUUUAAUGUUGUGAAAAGGGCCGUGGCCGUUUCCCAAAUGAUGCGAUUAAGUUUAAUGAACGGAAUUGGAGGAAAAAUGAAGUAAGGCACAGAAUGCUAUCGGAAAUUCAGGCCGUCGUGAUUCAUAUUCUGUUCAUGGGAACAAAGUUUUUCUGCUUGAGACGUGACCUCCACCUUUUUUUUUUUAGAUUUUUCCAAUAUCGUUUGGCCCAAAAGAAAGUUUGAUCGCGAACCGCAAGUUUCGUGAUAACCAAUAAGAACUGUGUAAAGGCAAACUUCAUCCGUUGUACACACUGCCAGGUGUGAAACAACGUCCCCAUUCAUUUUUUUUUUUCGAAUUUGAAUGACGCUGUAGGACGUACAACUGAAAAGUGAAAACAUGUGAAAUGUCACAACGUGACGAAGUGUAUUUAGUCACUUCUUCCUACUUUUUUUCCAACCUUAUAUGUUUUAAAAAAAAUUUUUUUGUUGCUAACUGAUCAAUUCCAAAGUUCUACAAUUUCCAACACAGUUUGACGAAUAAAAGAACUUUUCAAAAUUUUUCGAGGCGCCAAGAUUCUUCGCGACUGGAAAAGACACUGAAAAUGAUUCUCUAUUUUGAGAAAUUCAAAAAUUUUGUUUGAGCUUUUACAAAACCGAGACUUUCAUUUUCUUUUUGGAAUGUCUCAAAAGUAUGAAAACUGCAUGCAAAAGAUUUUUUCCGUUUCUUCACAGGAACCGAUUUACUAUCAAAGAAUAUUCAACAAUAACUUAAUGAUUUUCGGAUCUGAAAAAAAGAAGCCAGGGGUGAAAACUCAUGAUUUCUUUGACACUGAUUCAGAUUCGAGGAUCAGCGUAUUCCCAUUCGUGGUAUCCUAACCUAAGAUUUAACGAGCAGAUCUGGCUUUAAUUCUUCUCGCUUCCACACCAAAAAGCCAUAAACGCCACAGAUGGGGGCCGGCGGCAGAUUUUCCAAACCGUUUGCGUGUCUCAUCAAAGACCCUUGUGGCGAUCGUUAAAAUCGCGUGAGCGAAAACAGAAUGUCUCAUUUUGGCGGAUUCAUCAAGCGUUAAUACCAGCCAGCUUAUAAUUCGUUAACGAUUCUUGAAAGUUUUGAAUGGUAGGAAAAGGAUUUUUGUUCGAUUUUCACAUCGGCAAUUUGAUCAAAGUUUUUGUUUUUAUUAUUUUGUGGAUGCCGUGAAAGGUUUAAAAACUGUAAUUCUAGCCUCAGUUCAAGCAAUACACUGUUUUCCGAUUCGGCUAGUUCUAAAGGUUUUAUUGACGAAAGAAAUGAAAAAUAGCGCAGGUGUUUUUUUUUUCAUAUCCUUCAUCCGGUGUUUAGGUAUUUCGAAAAGAUUGUGAAAAAUUCUCACGUUGAAAAAAAAAGUGAAGUAACUUCUUUGCAAGUUUUUUUUCUGUGUUUUUCGAAAUUCCCACUUCAAACUGUUAAUGAAAUUUGAGAAAAUGGAAAACCCUUUCACCAGCUUCUUGAUCUUUCUCCCCUUUCAAGCCACCAACAUUCUUCACUUUCUAUCUUUUUCCUUGUGAUGUCUUCCACAAACCUUGAUGCAACCAACAAGCUUCUCAACCCACCAGAAGUAUUUUAGGCAAACUCUUGGUGCAAAAAAGGCGUCGAAAUCUUGACGAGCGUGCCUUUCGACAUGUCCGGAGUGAACGCUGGAAGCGCCGUGGCGAAGAUGGACGAGUUUUUGAGCGAAGGCUCCCACCUACAAGUUUCUUUUCCUCCUUUUGGUUUCAUUUCAUUCUUUUUCGGGUGCCAGGGUGUUCUUGAAUAUUAUACCGAUGUGCUUCGGGAAUGGAAUGAAUUUUUCGACUUUCCACAAACUUACUCAAUCAGUUUCAUCAAAAAAAAAUCCGAAAUGAUUAUAUCCUAUGACGAAAGUUUAUUACGAAAGAAUAAAUCAGUUUGUUGGAAUACUCUCAAACCUUUUAACAUUCUGAAAGCUUUCUUUCCCGAGUUUAUAACAUCAGUCAAAUAUUUCAGCUCGAUUCUUUGGGCAACGCUCCAUCACUUAACAGUCUCAUACUUCUCACUACCACAGAAACUUCCACAUUGCUUGCGCAGGUAAUUUUUAUCCUUUUCGAGAUGCAUGGGAACUCUCUGCUCAAACUUGAAAUUCAUGCUGGUCGGAAAACCUUUACUUCGAAAAAAGACCAAGCACAAUAAAUCAAAAAAAGGUGGAUAUAAAAAGAUUCUAAUUUUUGUUUUGUUUCAAACACUGACUAAGAGACCGAAGGUUUUUUGUUAAAUGAUUUGAAACAAAAAAUUUGCUACAUAAUGCGCCCGACUUAAAACGAGAUGCGCGUCGGAUCAAAAAGAAGUCUUUUUUUAAAAUUAUUUUUUUAGCUGAUACUUAGGAACCUACCUACACAGAAAAACACCGCACUUCAAAAUGGUCAGACGAAGUUUUAGCAUGAGAAGUUUUCCACCCAAAAAAAUAUCUAAAAAAAUAUAAAGAAAAUAAUUUUUUUCAUUUUUUUAUUUGGUGAUCCUAAAAAAAGUCAUUCAAUAGUUACUACGAGACGAGGGAAUUCCUUGAUUUUUCAAUGAAGUGAAGUAUAACUUUUAAAGCCUAGCGAAGUCGAUGUAUCAGGGCGCUUUCAAUGGAUCAUUGGUAAAUGUACGAUAUUCGGUUUGAAAUUUUUUUGAAAUCCUUCCAGACUAAUUAUAGAAAAAUGAGUUUUUUUAGUUUGUAAAAUGAAGUUCAAAAAGAAAGUAAAAAUCCGUUUGGCUCUUUUAAAGUUUUUUCUGAGUUUCUACUUCUACAUAACUAAAGUUCCGCCCCAAAAUGAAAGAAAAGCCGAUGGAAAUCAGUCGUUAGUGCAGAAAGUUUUUUGGCUCUUGGUGGACGGCACCUCGUAAUCAUAACUCUUGGCUGGCCACACUUUUUCUGACACCACUUCUUUGUGUAGCACGUACGAGCCCCGGCUGCCAGCUGCAUUUAAUCGAGUCUUCCGCCGCCGAACUGCGCAAUACUACUGUUCAUCUCAAAUCGCCGGUUUCCAAAACUAUUCGAUGCAUUUCGAUUUUGGUCAAGAAAUAGUAGCAAGAUUCUGAAAAAAACGGGCCUGGAACAUAUCUCUUCAUUUCAGUCCCUUCUCAGAUUCUUUCAACUCUCACGGCUUCUUGAACUUUGAAAGUUUUUUUGCAAAAACUUUAAUAAAACUUUUUUGAAUUAAAAAAAGGAAUCUCCAGAAACUUGGAUACAGGGUUUUUCGCAAAAGUGAGCUUAUGUUCUCGGACACGAGAUUUCUUCUCACGCUUUCAAACUCUCGAUAUGUGAAAUUUCAAUAAUGUUCUUGCCGAUUUCCCAAAAGUUCAGAUUUUUGGCAGACAAUAACAAAAAAAAAUGUUUCUCGAAAAAUCUCAGAACGACAUGAUUCAUUUAGCGCCUAACAUUUUUGAAAUCUGCAUUUUUCUUUUCUUUCCUUUUUUUUGAGUUUCCUAACGUUUUUGAUGAGAUAAGGUUUUAGACUUGAAAGCGUUUAUUUUAUUCAUAAACCUUGCGAGAUCGCAUGCUCGCCUUUUGAUCUGCAACAUUUUCAUUUUCUUUCCAAUUUGAAAUUCCUAGUGGACCCCAAUGACUAGGACGAUUAGCGCAGAUUGUUGUUUCCGGAAGGCAUUCAACCCAUUUUCGGAGCGGUAGCACCUAUAUGAAUAAUUCAUUCCUUUCACCAAGGCGGUAUCGCUUUCAUUUUUGGCUGCAGCAUUUUUAGGAAGUAUGGGCGAACUGUCGCGCCCGGUUAUGCUAAUUCAAUCACGACUCCACUUGGCGUUUUGAUGCAAAGAAACCCGCGGCUUCAGCGCAACAUAAAUGUGCACAUUGACUCCUUUUGCUAAUUUCGGACACAUCAUCCCGAAAAGCGACGAGUCAAUGGCAAGAUUGAGAACUGCGCCAUUUCUAGGUCAGAAGGAAAAAAAUACACAAUGACCAGCUAGACUUAUAAAUGAAGUUUGGCUUGAAUCGAUUAGAAAAAAAACAACUUUUUAUGAGGAACGACGUGUCAAAUUUUUAUAUCUAAAACGAAAGCAAAGGGCAACAAAACCCUUUGCAAAAGACUUCAAGUCAGUUUCAUGAAUCAAACUUGGUACUGAAAAUCCGCUUCUAGUGAUUGUAAUCCCUCUCAAAAGUCCCACUUAAAGCCAUACUCAGAAAAAAUUACAGAAAAAGUAUAUGAACAACCAGAAUUCGCUGGCCGAUCCAUUUAGUGAGAAAAAUUUUCUAUAAAGCAAAUUAUAUGACGAAACUUUAAUUUUUUGAUCAAAGUUUGCAUUUUUCGAUUAGUCACUGUUUUUUUAUGACUAAGAUAUCCAAAAAGACCAAAGAAUAAAAAUCAUUUGCGAUUUCGAAAACCGAAACCGACUAUUUUUUUUUCUUUCCUUUAUCACUCUGUUUGCAUUUUUUAAGUUUGUAGUGGAAACUUUGCUGAAACUUAGCUCAAAGUUUGUUCUACAGGUGGCCGAAAGAAUCGACGACAUAAGAAGGAUGUCUGUGGCUCGUCGGGAUGCUUUGGCCAAGAUUUCUGAGCAGAAAAAGCCUCCUGUGCAAGUGGUGACUCCGGAAAAAAAGAAAAAGAACCGCAAAGAGGUCAGUCAUCAGCUUUUCUGGGCAUUCUCAUUCUUCCUGUGUAAAACAGAUGAGCUAAACUUUUUUAUGGAGAUCAAUAAGCAUGUUUACUCUGCGAUUCUGGUAGCUCUUACUUCUGUAGUAACUGAGUUGGAAUCCUGCAGAAACAAUAGAGAGCACCAAAGGAAAAAUAGAUCAGAUCUGCGGAGCUUGAGAGCGAGAUCAUGCGCGAUUCUCACGCUUGAAUGAUCUUUUUGUUUGUUCGAGCCAAUCGGAGAUUAAUUCAUAUCACAGCAAGGCCCUGUAUUUACUACCUUCUUUACGAGCUCUUAAAUUUGAAAUGCGAGAAUUUGGUUUCGAAGAAAAAUGAGCGGUCUUAACUGCCAGCCGUACAGGUGAAAAAGCGAAACAACUGCAAAACAUCUGGGUUUCGAGGUGGCGCCUUUUUUUUGAGAUGGGCACGGAUCACGUUGCAAAACCAGCGCGUACAGCUGCAACGGACAGAUGCAUGUGAAUUAUGAGGAUGUCCUCCGUUUUUGUUACAUCAUCCGCUUUUCCUUUGAACAUGUUAAUUAUUGAAUUAGCAAAAUUCAGGAAGUGCUGAGAAGUAGUUUUCUGCCAAGAGAAAAACGCAAAGAAUAGAAAAUUAAGUCAAAAAUUUCUUUGAAUAAAAGGAUAAAAUAGUCUGAAUAUUCAAAAUAUCCUUUUUUCAUCGUUUGAAAAAUUAAAAAAAUAAAUUCUCUUACUAUACUCUAAAGUUAGCAAUAAGUUUUUUCUCCUACAUGGAGGCCCAGCAAGCUUUUGUAAACAAACUUUGCCAAAUGCUUGAAAGAAUUGAAAGUUUUCAGUGGGUUUUACUGUUAUCAGAGGUUAUCAUAACAAAAAGUCGACACGUUUUUGAAUCGAGUUUUUACCUACGAUUAAGAACUUUAAAAAAAAGUCAAAGCGCUUUUAAAUUCAGUCAAUCGACAAAAGAGUGCUUUUGAGGAAAACUCCCUUUGCAAAAGUACUUUUAACGUUGACUGGAUAAUAAUAGAUUUGAAAGUUCUACGGGAGAAUCCUCGUUUUCGAAAAAAGCGACUACAAGGCGUCACUUUCGCUGGCGUCAGAUGGGUCACCUACAGGCGUUCGUGCCAGUAGAACGCUAGGCAAUUGUUGCGUGAUGCGGCCCAUUUGCUGCGUUAAGGGUGGCCUAUGCAUACGUUAAGACGUCAUCUUUAUCUGUGUACGUUGUCACUUCUGAAGAGGUCGUUUGCCGUCUGUGACAGCUGUGAAAUUGCACACGAUUUAUGCAAAAGAUUUAUUUCGGAAUGGCAUAAAUAUAUGUUGGAUCUCGUCUCUUUUUUGCCAGUUCAAAGAAUGUGAAUUCUCUGAAAAAGAGUAAUUCGUUUUUCCGAUUUGGCUUAGCCGCCAUUAAACCCUGAAUUCAAAUUCGGGAAAUGAAGGCAUCUCAAUGCCAAGCUAGAGAGAAUGUAAUAAAAUUUUCAGUGGUAAAUUUUUUGGUUUGAUGCUAGGAAUAGGAAUAGACAAUGUAAAAAAAAAUCAAAAACAUGAAGCCUCAACAAUUUUAGCAAAUUCAAAACAAAGAUUCCUUAUGAUAAUUAUUUAAUAGAAUUAAAAAAAUACUUUUUUUGCAAUUAUUUUUUUCAGAAUUUUGUAUUGAAAGGAGCAUAGAAAAACUUUGUAGCAUGCCUAGAGCAAAUCCAAAACUUCUCAUAGUAAUGGUAAUUUCGCGGCCCUUCAAAAAACUUGGUGCGGACAAACUAUGAAAACAAAAAGUUUUUUUGAAAAAAUCGUUAGACUUGGUGAAAAAACACAAGAGUUGAUAUUUUUUUUUCGUUCCAGACUAAUUUUCAACCGAUUGUUUCAUGAGAACGAAAAUUAGUCUCGAAGACGUCACCCAAAAAAGGAGACGAACCGGGGUCAACACAGCGUAAUCCUCGUUUACGAGAUGCCAACAAAGCCACGUGGCUGCCAAUGACCGUCCGUUUCUGAUCCAACUCGGACUUGACUGUGGUCAGCGAGAUCAAGAACUCCUCGAAUGCAGCGAUCUUCGGCGCGAAUCGACGUGUCUGUGUCCUCCAGGCGAGAGAGAAGAGGGAGGACGCCCCUCGCCGCCGCUGCAGUCAAGCAAAGCUCCCUCCGUUGUCUUCUGCCCUACCAAAAUCUGUCAGCCGUUUUUUUUCCUUCUUUCAACUCGCAAUCAUUCUGGCUGUAACUGCUCAACCCACGGACAUGAAGCGCUCGCUUCCGCGCUUCUUGUCCUUUCGACGUUCCAAAAGACGUCUGGUUAACUCGAUCUCAGCUCCGCUCAUUGGAAUCGAUCCCCACUCGGUACGCUUUUCAAAAUUAUUUUCCAACUUUUUUCUCUACACUGUUUUGAAUACUUGCAUCUUCAAUAGAACUUGUACUUAUUCUGAUAGAGCAUCAAGAUUUUUUUCAAUAACAUUCCAAUCUUUAGCGCCUUGUAAGUUUCCACCAAAAAUUAAUUUAAAAAAUUAAAAAAGGAAUUGGAAAAGAAACAAGAAAGUUCUCUCUGCACUUCCUUGUUACACCAUGUAUACCUUUUUCACUUCAAAAAACUAGCUGAAGUUGGAAACACUUUUUUUGAAGCGAUAUUAUAUUAUGAUUUCUCCGAGCUCGUUUCCGUUUUCCUGUUUUUCAUUUCUAUCAACAGAAAAAGAAAGGAAAAUAGAGCUAAUUUUAUUUUGAGUUGUGAGCAAUUGCUCGUCAUUCACUUUACAUCUAAUAGGACAGUUUUUUAGGUUUUUUUAAGACGCAAAUCUGUGAAUUUUUCUGUAAAUUUAGUUACCAAGUUUUAAUCAACUGUGUACGUUGUAAAACUUGAAAUUUACUUAGUUCCAUUGGUACUUUAUGUUGUUUUUCCUCAUAUCAUCUACACUAAAAAUCUGGGUUCUUUUCUAUAUAGCUAUCCCUCUUUUCAAACAAAAAGAAUCCAAUUUUUGUUUCAAAUCGCCCGCUUCCAAACAAUCUAAUCAUGAAGAACACAUCAGAAAAUGUGUUGUUUUGGCGUCUUUGAGUGUUCGAAGGCCCUAAAACGACCUUCUUAUCGAUUUUGACCUAUCAGAGGUCAACACUAGCCAAUUAUUUUGCUCACCAACAAACAGGUCAAAAAAAAGAGAAAACUGUCUUCAAGAAAGUUGAAGCGAAAUUUUAAAUUUAAUUGAAAUGAUUAACUGAUAAUUUCUUUCUCUAUGACUAGAAUUAAUGUUCGCUCAUCAAAGGCUCACAGAAAAAAAAGCCGUACACAAUGAAUAACUUGUUAUUAAGCGUAAUGAGCUCAGUGGGAUAUGAGGUUUUCAUUAGUUUUUUUGUAAAUGCUACAAAAAAACUAGCAAAAAUCAUAAAGAUUGACGGAAGCUCUGUUGAACUGGUGUGACGUAACGCGCGACCUCAUCUUUUUCAACAAAAGUUUUUUUCCGUCGAAAAUGUGAAGGAGAGCGGGAAAAAGUGACCUGGUGGCACUUGAGUCUCUACGGUUGCAUGAGAAAAGCCGCCUGCCUUUGCGACUUCCACAUGUUUAUGAGCGUUUCUCAGGACUGGAAACUGCUAAUAAAAAAAUAACAUGCAGACAACGUUGACGAAAUCCCAAGUUGAUUUAAUUUUGAAGAAAAUUUCUACACCUAAUCUCGUUAGAAAUUUCUCAAACUUUCUCAUGGCCUAUCUGAUUAUGCGAUGGUUUCUCAUGACGAUAAUGCAUCGAAUGUGGCGCAAAAAAGUUUUUUAUUCCCGGUUUGUUCGGCGGAAGCCUACAGAGAAGACGCAAAAGGUAUCGGGCCGCGAAAUGAGGCGGAUCAGUCGCGCAAACAAGCUUUUUCGUUUUUUUUUUUUGGAACGCUUUGGGAACAAAACAUCUUGCGCAAUCCUGAAGAGACAAAAGAAGUACAGGCGUAUAGUUUAGGCAAAGCGUGCGACGAAUUUUGCUGAACUGAGAUUUCCAGAAAGUUUUGCCUAGUUCUUGCUUGAUUUUUUAACCGCGUGAAAGUUGCUGAUUAUUCGACAGUUCACAGGAUAUCUGUAUUAAAAGGGAAAAAAUCUCUAUUUCACGAGCCUAUAUUUUCAAAAAACCCCAUUUCGAAGGGAUCAAGAUGACUCUAACCUUUCCUAAAACAAUUAAAAAUAGUUUAAGGCCUCCAUAAGUUCAUGUUUGUCCUAUAGCAGCCGGAGAAGAGCAGAAAAAUUCGAGAAAUUUAGAAAAAAAUCAUUAAUAAUUUUUUUAUCCUGCCAUAAGUUUAUAAUAACACCCUAGCAUUGUUUACGAUUCAAAUCAGGCAAGAAAGGCAUUUACUGCAGACCGGUGUAUUUACACGGCAAACAAAGUAUUCUGAAUUCGAAUAUUAACAGCCUGGUUCUAUGAUAAAUCUCUGUCCAGUCAUUCCUCAUGAAGGACGUUCCUCAAUAAAACGUCAAAAAAGUGCGGUGGUGGCUGCCCUUGUACAAGAUCACGUAAUUGAGGGGCAACGGACACUAAUUAUAAAGCUGUCUUGUGAACAAGACUUGGCACAUCUGUUUGUAAGGCUCUUUCCAAUUUUUCUGAACGUCAGCCUAGACUUCAAGGUCUCAAGAGAACGGAGGUGUUUUUUUUUCCGGCAGAAUGUGUGAUAAAUGGCUCGUCACAAAUUUUUUUGCUAAGUAUUUGGAAAUGGGUUCUUAGCGAGAAUAAGUGCCCAUUCCAAAGACCCUGAUAAAUAAUCAUUGUCCAAAAAAAUCCGUAAAAGAACGCCGAUAGCCGGUUUUUCAUCGUAGAAUGCCUUGAUAUUUCUUCUUAUUUGCUUUUCAGCUUUGAAGCAUUUGUUAAAUUUAAGAAGAAAGUUCGACGAACCGUUUAUUGUUUUUGGAGUUUACUCAAUAAGUGACAUUGCGGUCGCACAAUGAAGCUUUCAACUUUUUUUUUCUGGUUCACUCUUAUUUACUUAUUAGCUUUCGCGCUUAGAGCGGCAGCCUUUUCUUUUUCGUCAAUUCCACUUGCAACUGGUUAUAAUGUCGAUUAUUGAAGUGAAGUACGGCUUAUUCAGAUCUCUCUAUUACAAUUUUGUUUUGUUCCGCAACAUUUGGAAAAACAGACGUCGAACGUUGGCUUUGGAGGUAUGAGUAGCGAAUAAAUAAACAUUCUGCGAACGACGCUACCAGUUCCAUCCAACUUUUAAGAUGUUGAUAUCAUAUCCACUGUUUACAUUUUGAAUAUUAUUUACACAAAGAGCAAGUUUUGCGCUGUUUGUCCAUUCAAUAAUUAAUCCGAUAUUUGAGAGAAUGCUCGGUGCGAUGAAAAAUGACACGCGCCAGUGAGGCAAGUCGUGAGAAAUUUUUGUCAUUAUCGUUGUUGUUUUGAGAAUCCAGGUGUAUUCGAAAGCUAAUAAUGAUUCGGAAUGAAAAAAUCUUUUUUUGUUGGGCACUCUUUGAAAUACGAAAAGUUGAGAUUUAUGGAUACCCACAAAUUUUAUUGCUUUGUUGCUUCUCCUCGAGAUCGAGAGUCGCUUCUGUCGGGGGCUGAAAGCCGCACAAUCAGCAAAUGUGUCCCUGAGGAACUGCCAGAAUGAGAUGCCCACCAUCCCAUAAUUAUUAUUACCCUCACUUUAGGCGAUAAUGAGAAUUGCUUUAUUUGCAGCGCGACAUCGAUGUGAAAGAUGUGCAGAGCUGCUCCGGCGAGUCGCCGACGGACAGCAACCCGCGCGAUACGCACACCGUCUCCAUGGAGUCCCGUGUCAUUGCCGAACUUGUUGGUUUUACACCCCUUUUUCAGAAGUUUUGACUUUUUUGAUGGCUACCUAGCUUUGAUAUUAGAUUUUUAUUUAUAACUAAAAUAUGAGAACAGAAUUUGAUCUCCACUCAAUCAGUCUUCGAUAUCAGGAGAAAUUUUUAAAGUCAAAAGUUGAUUUUAAAUGUUCCAGUUGACCACGGAGCGGAGCUAUGUGACUGAGCUUGAGUCUUUGGUGGAAUACUACGUUGAGCCGUUCGAGUCUUCCGAGUAUCAAUCUUCAAUCGCAAUUCAAAUUCGGGGCCGUAGUGACCUGGUUUUUGGUGAGCACAGUUUUGAAAAUUUUCAAACGAUUUCGUAAAAAGUUUCAAAAAAGGUUUUUCCAGGAAAUCUCCGCGAUCUUCUGGCUUUCCACUCUUGCUAUGUCUGUCCGGACUUGCAGAACAACGAGUGCUCUCUGAGUGGCAUCUGCAGGACCUUCUUGCAGCAUCAUAACAAGUAUAACUUUUAUUCCUUCUAUAAAAAUGUAAUUUGACACAGGUUUCUUGGGCUGUACCGUGUCUACUGCCAAAAUAAGUCGACCAGCGAGGCGAUCAGGAAAGAUUUCGGAGACAACUCCAGUUUCUUCGUCGAUUGCCAGAAAAAGGCUAACCAUCCUCUUCCUUUGAGUGCCUACUUGCUGAAGCCUGUGCAGCGCAUCACGAAAUACCAACUUCUGCUCAAGGAAUUGGAGAAAUAUUGCCAGCCGGAGGUUAGUCUGACUUCAAAAAAUUUGAAUCGUUGCUGAAAAAUUCCAUGUAACGAGCCAGAACUACAGUCCAUAAGAUGCUGGCUAUAAUUCAUCUUUUGCUUCCAAGUUGGACGCCCUUUAGAACUUCAAGACAUUCCAAGUUUUCCAAUCAUAGCUCCUCACAUUGACAUAUAUUUUUCUGUACAAUUCAAACACUUUUCAUGAUGAUCCUUCUAGGUCCGCCACGAAGUUACGGCUGCUCUCUCAUCCAUGUUGGACCUUUUGGCUCAAAUCAAUGCUGCUGUUCAACAGCUUCACAUUUCGGGAUUUAAUGUAAUUUUGAAAAAGGAAAUGAUAAUUUCACGUCGACUUUCCUUUGAAGGGAGAUCUCCGCCUGUUGGGACCUCUUCGCCUCCAAUCCGAGUGCGACGUCUACUCCUACAACAAAAAGAAGAAGGGAAAACUGUCGAGAGCGCAGCGACGACAUCUCUUUUUGUUCGAUGGAGGAGCUCUGUUCUGCAAAAAACGCACGCCUCCGUCCAACCAGCCUUCGUCGAUGGACCCUGAGUACUACGAGCACAAAAUUUGCAUUCCGGUAAGAGCAAAAGAAAUAUGAUUUAAAUAAGCAGUACAUAAUUUACGUUGAGACACUCGAAGGAUUCCGUGAAUUAUUUCUCAAUUCUGGUUCCAAAGCUGAACACAAAAAAAUGACUUUAGAAUAAAAGAAAAGAGAAGAUUGAAUCAAACUAUAGAGAUAAAUAAGAUACACCUGGAGCGUACAUAAAAAUUCUGAAAAUCUAAUUUACUCCACAUUUCAGACCUCCUCCCUGGGAUUCGCGGACUCCUCUCGCUCGGGAAUCAAUCGGUUCGAGCUCUGGGAUGAAGCCAAGACCGAUGCCUACGUCAUCGAGCCGUUGGAGGCGUCGCUGCGUGAACGUUGGAUCGAGCGGCUAGGAAAGAAUUGUCUCCAGGAUGGCUACGUCCUCGAGAACCGUCAGCGGCCGAAGAGCUGGGCGAGCACCAUGUCCAAUGAGAGCUCCUGCUCCACCAGCACUCGCGAGUCCGACAGCGGCGACAGGUUUCUUGCGCUCGAAUUUAAACACAAUCCUGACCGCAUUUAUUUCCAGCCAGAUGGAUACUAACGGAAACACUCAGUCCGUUGGUCCUGGACCAUACUCUCCUAUCGAAAGCCCACUUCUCGAUGUGACCUCUUUGGUACGUUUUAUUCCAUUCAAUGCAUAAGAUAUCAUUCAGGAUAUUUUGCUCAUCGCUCUAAAAACUUGAUUAAAAACUUCUUCUUGCUGAUUAAAUACAGAUUACGAAUCAUAAAUCAAGUAUAAAUGCAUCUAAGAGUUCUUCCGUUUAAAACAAUUCUUAAUGAAUGGAUUUUUUGAAAAGAUCAGAACGAGUUUCCUCUGUUUAGCCUGAACAUUGUUCAAAAAUUGUGCUCAGAACGUGUUCAAAAACUCUUUUUGAAAACGUUAUUUUCCAUCAAACGGAUCGCAAGGCUUAGCAAAAAAGGUUGUUUGAAAAAUAAAUACGAACUAGAUGUAGUUUUUCGGAAGGAGAAAUGGAAACAAAAUGAGAAUUUUUACUCAAGUUCAUUAUAAUGAUUGUUUUAUUAUCAGAGUUCUAAACAAUUUAAAAAACUGAAAGGUUUAGAAAGUGAACGAAAGUCAUUGGAGGGGUAUAGUGCAUCAAAUAGAGUUGUUCAUUUUUAAUUAAAGAAAUAACCUCAUGUGUUUGAAUAAUUUUUUGAUUACAGAUGGAAACUGUUCCGGUGCUUCCUACUGAAGAUCCUCAGGGCGAAGAACUGGUCGACAGCUGCUGA